UGACGUCGUCGACGCACACAUCAUCACUUGCUGUCACUCCAGUCUUGUGCUCUUGUCUGUUCAUUCUUUCUUUAUAAUGGCAAAUGGUUAUAUUCAAAAUGGCUUUCCCGCUGGCGACGAAAGCGACGAAAGUGAUGCUGAAUGGGAUAUCGGAUAUUCUCAUAAACAAAACACAAAUGAGGGUGUUGUGAAGGAUGAGCCUGCUACACCAGAUGGAGACAAAGUUUCAACUUUUAAACGAGCCAUCAACACAGGCGAUAUCAAAGUCGUCGAGCAAUUGUUGGAUAAUGGUGUGGAAGUGGAUACAAGGUUAGGAUUCGACUGGACCCCGCUGAUGUAUGCAGUCCACGCGGGGAACUAUGAUAUGGCCCAGCUCCUGCUGGAUCGAGGAGCCAGUGCCAACUUCAGCAAAGAUCUCUACACGGUGCUGAUGGCGGCCUGCACUGCAUCUGUGCCCGAAGGCAAAAUCAUCAAGUGUGUGGAGCUACUACUGACGCGCAACGCAGACUCCAACGCAGCUAACAAGUCCCAUAUGACGUCUCUGAUGAUGGCAGCUCGUGAGGGUCACACCCAAGUGAUCAACCUGCUGGUGUCCAGCGGAGCUGAGAUCAACGCUCAAGACGACGGGGGACAUACGGCGCUCAUCAUAGCUGUGCAAUAUAACCGUGAGGAGGCGGUGUUGAAACUCCUCCAGCUGGGAGCUGACAAGACUCUAAAGGCCAGGGGCGGCAAGACGGCAGCAGACUUCGCCACACAGUGCAAACGACCACAGAUUGCCAGAUUUCUGGCCUCACAAAGCGUUGUUGGUGGCAGUGGUGACGAGGCUUCUAAACAGGACAACCUCUUCAAGUUCUUCAACAGGAGGCAGGAGCUGGUGCCUACACUGGACAGCUCUGCCAAACUGUGUGAUAUAGAGUUGCUGCUGCAUGGCCUGAACUUGGGAUACCUUGCUGACGUCAUUAUAGAGCACGACAUCACGUGGGGAGAGCUGCUGGCCAUGGAGAGGCAGGACCUGGAGAAGAUUGGCAUCACAGACCCAGAGGACCAGACGAAGGUGUUGUGUGCAGUUCAGGAGAUGCAUCUGGACCGCGUGGACUUCAACACACUCACUCAGCUGGAGAACGUUGACAGCGGGAGUGAGGAGCUGUACACCUUCCUGAUCAGCCUUCGUCAGCAGUGCUGCUACCUGACAGACACCGUCAGGGACGUCAUCAGCCGCUUCCCUCGCAGCGCCUCAGAGUUGGUGCUGACGUGGGACCCUAAGAAGGAGGCUCAGGGCAUCUGCAGCGAGCUGGUGGCCCAGACCGAAGACCUCCAGAAGGAAGUGACCUGCCUCAGAGACCUGCUACGCAAGAUGGACCCUGCCGAUUUCCCCGGUCAGCCCGCCCGGCCCAGUUCCCACGGCCGCGACCUCCGGAGAUGGCUCAAGACGCUCGCACGGGGCAUGCUAGGAGGAGCGGGCUUGUUCGGAGUGGGCAUGCUCGGCGGCUACCUCUGGACCCGCAGAUACGGAGCAGCGUGAAGAUGUUGGCCUGAGAACGGUGUUUUAUGGCACGGCUGUCAUGUAUCCCGAGACUGCCCGAGGCAGAUGGAGAGUGAGGGUGUCUCCCCCGGUAGUGUGUAGAGUUCACACAGCACAAUUGAUUUUCUCCACCAGGGUUACGCACUAAAACGAUUAACAUUUUCCCACUUUUACUUAUUUUAUCUGAUUUACUUUCUUUUGUGGGGGGGGGGGGGGCACAAUCUGGGCUCAUGUCUAGUCUGGAUUGAAAUUGCGCAAUAGUUGAGAAAAAAGGGGGUUAUAGAUGGUAGAUGAUCUGGUUCUAUUUUGUUCGUUUUCCCAGUAGUUUCGGUGACUUGUGUUUUUAUUCAUUUAACUUUUUAUAUACUUAAUAAUAUUACUAUUAUGUUUGUGUGUUACAUUUUGGGUAAGGAUCAACGACAUAACGGGCUGUUAUGUAUACAUUUUUAUUUGCAUGCCGCUUUCAGUUUCAUCGAUGCAAAAUAAAAGAUGAAAUGCACAACAUGA